AUGUACCUUGGAAGAAAAAAGAUCCAGUCCAUUCCCUGGAAACCCUCCCCCAACCCGGCAAAGAUACUUCCUACGGCAGAUUUGGUUGAGGAAGAGCACACGUCCCAUUACAAGCCGCAGCACUUUUAUCCUAUAGGCUGGGGAACAAGUUCGACAGUAUGGCUAGCGCGUGAUCUCCACCAUUCCAUAUGCUUUCCGCCCCGAUAUGUGGCCAUUAAAGUUAAGGCAAAUAAUUAUGCAUCUCAAGAGUCUACGGAGAAGGAGCUGCGCAUAACUGAGCAUAUAAGCAAAGCAAAUCCCCAGCAUCUAGGCCGCAACUUUGUCGCCACCUUAGUAGACUCGUUUCGUGUUACUAGCCGGGGCAGCACUCAUAUUUGCAUGGUCUUCGAUGCGCUUUGUGAACCACUAUGGAUGAUGAAGCAUCAUUACGAGGGAAACACCAUCCCUCUCAACGUCUUGAAACCCGUAUCUAAACUCGUACUAGAAGGACUACGGUACCUCCACACCGAAUGCCACGUUAUUCACACAGAUCUCAAGUCCGAUAACAUCUUACUGGCCCUACGCAACUCGUCUACCCUGGAAAUGGUCGCACUAGAUGAGAUGAACAAUCCCUCCCCACGGAAACAAGUGGGAUGCCACCCCAUCCAGCCAGAGGGAUAUCGUGCCCCGGAAGUUUGUCUCGGGGGCGAGUGGAGCUACAGUGUUGACAUUUGGAACUUGAGAGUUAUGCUUUGGGACCUGUUUUAUGGCCGCGGACCAUUCGACACGCCACCGGACUCGCGCGGCUCAGGCUCUGCAGACGAAGCUCAUCUAGGCCAGAUAAUUUCCCUCCUGGGGCCCCCUCAACCUGAUCUUCUCGGCCGGGGAAAUAGAAACAUCUCGGUAUUUUGA